CCAAAAUGAGCAUUGGGCAAUGCGGUUGUUGGAUUUGGUUCCAUUCUUCACACUCCCCUGCGGUCGUAAUGGGCACUGGACAGCUCACGAUAGUGAGGGGUCACUAUAGUCUAUAAUGUAGCUAUACUACGACACACAUAGGUUCCUGGAAUAGACACUUUGUCAAAACGAUGAUGAUGGAAAAUCGCGCACGCAGUGUCUAUUUCUUCUUGCUCAGAGCAGGCCAGCCAUAUCGGGCACAUGCUGAAACUGACCGCAUAGAAGUCCACCAACGCCAUGACGCCAUCUCAUCCGACGUUGAGGCCCUUGCUGGGCGCAGAUGCGGGACCUGUCAUCUGCACUCGCAAACUCUGGGUGCUGGCGCACUGCUGCUUCACACGGUUCAGCAUAUCGGACGGUUUCCCUCCCCUCGGACCGGACGUUACAGUCUACGUCAUCUCGAAAGCUGUCGUCCUGUCCUGCAGCGGCAGCCGUUUCAGCAAAAGCAGCCAUGGCAUAACGGUCGCCUAGACGUUCGAGAAGGUUUUGGGGACAAUGCCAAGUCCCCUCCAUCGUUUUGGCCGACGUUUCUCCGGUUGGCCAUUCUCUACGGGCUCUGCUCUACGGGUGGUGUGCGUUUCGCGAUUUGGUGUUUGAAGUUUCUCCGCCUGAGAUGGACUCGGCCAAUCACAUCGCCGAAGAGGCUCAUGGACGAUCCCUCUCUCAGUGCAAUCAAUCUCACACCCCCACCAAUCAAUCGUUCACUCUCAUACUCACUCUCAUACUCACUCAUCCAACCUCUCACUGAAACUCACAAUCCGUUAUUGACUACAUUUUCCAAGAUUAGCUCAUUCCGGCCUUACCUCCUCACAUUGAUUAGGCAUUCUAUUUCCUCGCCUUUUACUUGGUCUCAUUUUUCCUGUCGUAAUCCCUGCGGAAAAGUGUAGAACUGCCCGCAAUCAUGCCGAUCCCGGACUUUGCCAACGAGGCAAUCUUCCCAAUCUUCGAGGGCCUCCCCAUCGAGGAACCCGGCGCCGCCGAUCCACCCUCCUACGCCGCAUCCU